CGCAGUCAGUUUGGCAUUGGGUUCCGAAGGGAGUGGGGCUCUGGAGGGCCGGGGCGCGCGGCGGGCCGCCCCGAGGCCGGGCAGCGGGGCCUCCGCCAUGCCGGGGAUGGUGCUGUUCGGUCGGCGCUGGGCCAUCGCCAGCGACGACCUGGUCUUCCCGGGGUUCUUCGAGCUGUCCCUGAGAGUGGUGUGGUGGAUUGGCAUUUUGACUUUGUAUCUCAUGCACAGAGGGAAGCUGGACUGUGCAGGUGGAGUUCUGCUCAGCAGUUACUUGAUCGUUCUUAUCAUUCUACUGGCAGUUAUUAUAUGUACAGUGUCUGCCAUCGUGUGUGUCAGCAUGAAAGGAACCAUCUGUAAUCCUGGGCCACGGAAAUCUAUGUCCAAACUGCUUUACAUCCGCCUAGCGCUCUUUCUGCCGGAAAUGGUCUGGGCUUCUCUGGGGGCUGCCUGGAUAGCAGACGACGUUCAGUGUGACAAGACGGUGGUGAACGGUAUCAUUGCCACCGUUGUCAUCAGCUGGAUCAUCAUCAUUUCCACUGUGGUCACCAUCAUCAUUGUGUUUGACCCCCUUGGGGGGAAAAUGGCUCCCUAUCCCUCUGCUGGCCCCAAUCACUUGGACAGUCAUGAGUCGAGCCAGCUAUUCAGUGGCCUCAAGACAGCAGCUACCAGCGUGUGGGAAACCAGAAUCAAGUUCCUGUGCUGUUGCGUUGGGAACGACGACCAUACUCGAGUUGCUUUUUCGAGUACGGCAGAGCUUUUCUCAACCUACUUUUCAGACACCGAUCUGGUGCCCAGCGACAUUGCAGCAGGCCUCACUCUUCUCCAUCAGCAACAAGACAAUAUUAGGAACAGCCAGGAGCCUGAUGAGGUGAUCAGCCAUUCCCCAGGGCCCCCCCAGGAAGCUGAUUUGGACGCAGAGUUAGCAAAUUGUCACCAUUACAUGCAGUUUGCAGCAGCGGCCUAUGGAUGGCCCCUCUACAUCUAUCGGAACCCCUUCACAGGGCUCUGCAAGAUUGGUGGGGACUGUUGUAGAAACAGGACAACAGAAUAUGACUUGAUUGGAGGUGAUCAGCUCCACUGUCAUUUCGGCUCCAUCCUGCAUACGACAGGACUACAGUACAGGGACUUCAUUCACAUAAGCUUUCAUGACAAGGUCUAUGAGCUCCCCUUCUUAGUGGCCCUGGACCACAGGAAAGAAUCUGUUGUGGUAGCCGUGAGAGGAACCAUGUCUCUCCAGGACAUCCUCACGGACCUGUCAGCGGAGAGUGAGACCCUCAGCUUAGAAUGUGGGGUGCAAGACUGUUCGGCACACAAGGGGAUUUCUCAAGCUGCCAGAUAUGUUUACCAGCGCCUUGUCAACGAUGGGAUUUUGAGCCAAGCAUUUAGCAUCGCUCCCGAGUAUCAGCUCGUGGUGGUAGGGCACAGCCUGGGGGCGGGCGCCGCAGCCGUGUUGGCCAUCAUGCUCCGGAACUCAUACCCGCAGGUCCGGUGUUACGCCUUCUCCCCACCCAGGGGGCUACUGAGCAAAUCCCUUUAUGAAUACUCUAAGAAUUUCAUCGUGUCACUUGUCCUAGGCAAGGAUGUCAUUCCCAGGUUAAGUGUGACUAACCUGGAAGAUUUGAAGAAGAGAAUCUUGCGAGUGAUUGCUCACUGUAACAAGCCCAAGUACAAGAUCCUGCUGCACGGGUGUUGGUAUGAGCUGUUUGGAGGAAGCCCUGAUAACUCUCCCACGGAGCUGGAUGGAGGCACCCAGGGGGACCUGACACAGCCGCUUUUGGGGGAGCAGAGCCUGCUAACACAUGGGUCCCCGACAUACAGCUUCUCCAGCGACUCCCCCUUGGAGUCCCCCACCAAGUACCCACCCCUCUACCCUCCCGGCAGGAUCAUCCACCUGGAGGAAGAAGGCACUUCGGGGAGGUUUUGCCGCGCUGCUGCUCAGUACUGUGCGAGGUGGUCCCAUGAAUCACAGUUCAGCAAAAUACUCAUCGGCCCAAAGAUGUUAACAGACCACAUGCCUGACGUCCUGAUGAAGGCCUUGGACAGCGUGGUAGCCGACAGGGCUGCAUUUCUUCUCUGUCCAGCCGGAGGCAGCUCGAACGUGGAUGUGGUGUAACUGGGGCUAAUGCCACCUGCUCCGGGAUGACAGACUCACUUUUGUUCUUAAAUGGACAAAAUCAGAGUGAUUCCAUGAUGCCAGUACCUUGGCUGUCCAUUGGUAGGAAUCUGGUGGGUACUAAAUUCGAUGGUUUUCUAAAUCACUGAAUAACUUGGGAAGUGACUUUGAUCCAAAUAUUAGCAGGAUCAGUUAUCAGGAGAGAGGACUGAGAUGAUGGGACUCAAUCUGAAGCUUCAGGGCAACUCCCUUGGUGAUCUGAGAACUGUCCUAGGAAAGGGUGGGAACGCAAGGCCAGGUUUAAGACCCGGAUGGAUCUGUAGAUUCCCACCCCUUAGGCCACCUUUUUGCUGACAGGUUCUUACCAUUGUUUAGAGGAGACCUGCGUGCAGAUCUGCAGUUUAUUUUGCAAACUGGAUUUUCCUGGCUGCACAAACUCAGUACUCCAUUGUCAGGGCACAGAUGGGUUUCUCCUAGGUGGCCUGAAGGGCCAGCCCCGAGGCUGGGCUAGGAAUGGGACCACUGCCCCCAAGCACUCCAGUCUCAAUUUCAAGGUGUUUCAUUUUCACAAAAUAUUCUGGCUUUUGGAGAUCAGCCAGCGGACUCGGAGGGAGUGAAUAAAGCACUUACACGUGUCA